CCGGGAUUUUAAAUAAUUAAUAUUUGCUGAAUACCAAAUACCCAUUUCCCUCUCACACGUGCACGUGUUGUCCUAAAAAUUCAAAAUAAGUUUUUAACAAAUUUUACAUCCUUAAAAUUUAUAUAAAUGAUAUAUUUUCUCUUAUUGAGUAUGCUAAGGUUAAAUUAUUUGAUAUAUAAAAACUAAUAUUCUAUAAUCAAAUAACUGUUAGUUGCGUCAUUAAUAUCAUUCAAUUUUCUAAUUUUUACUAUGGCAAAAGCAUUGGUUGGUUUGGUUACUGGGGCGGCUUCAGGUUUAGGAAAAGCUACUGUUAACCGACUUGUAAAUGAUGGUUAUAAAGUUAUAAUGUGUGAUUUACCUACUUCUUCUGGAAAUACUAUAGCAGGAUCACUGGGUUCCCAUGUAAAAUUUGUUCCUACUGAUGUUCGCUCUGAAACUGAUGUCAAGAAAGCUGUUGAUACUUGUCAAGAACUGUAUGGGAAAGUCAACUUAAUUGUAAAUUGCGCAGGAAUUAGUACUGCACGAAAAACGUGUAAUUUUAACAAAGGCAGUCCUCAUGAUUUACAAGAGUUUUCUAAUAUAUUAAUGGUAAAUGUAGUAGGUUCAUUUAAUGUUAUACGUUUAGGUGCUGCACUCAUGGGUAAAAAUGAAGUUGAUGAAAAUGAUCAGCGAGGAGUUAUUAUUAAUACAUCAGGAUUUGCAGCUUUUGAUGGACAAAUGGGACAAGCUGCAUUAGCAGCUAGUCAUGGUGCUUUAAAUUCUAUGACUUUGACUAUAGCUAGAGAUAUGGCAUCACAAAAUAUUAGACAUUGUACAAUAGCUCCAGGAUUAUUUGAUACUCCAUUAACAGAUUUUUUACCUGAGAAAGUAAAGUCAUUUUUUUCAGAUAUGACACCUUUCCCUAAACGCUUAGGUAAACCAGAAGAAUUUGCAAAUCUUGUUGUUAGUAUCGUUAAUAAUCCUUUUUUGAAUGCAGAAGUAAUAAGGUUAGAUGGUGCUUUGAGAUUCUCAUGAGUUCAAACAAAAAAUUUUUACUAUUAUAAUUUUAAAUUUUAUAAGUAGAAGUAUUGUUUUUAGUGUUUGUAUAAGUAUUUAUAUGGUAACAUAGACAAAUAAAUCAUUUUCAUUACUUA